UAGGAGUCACUCUGAAAACGGUUGUUUUUUACUAAAGAAAUUAAGCAGGGAGCUCUGCGACAUAUUGCUAGCUAGCAAGGUUUAGUCAAAGAUUCUCUAUUUUUGAUUACAUUUUAAAUAUUAUUAAAAUGUUGUUUCCACUUUUUAUUGUUAAUUCUAAUUCUUAAUUUAUUAUGACCCGCCCAGCCUGUAAAUAUAUAGUAGUCAUGUAUUGCCUAUAUAGAGAGGGUGUGCGCGCAUCGCCAAUGAGCGCGCUUGACCCUGAAGCAUCAGCUGAAGAUCACGGUGACGCGCGUCGCAACACACGCAGCAGGCAUCACGUAGACUAAUAUCCCUGGUGCACGAAACCUACAACAGUCUACAAGAUGUCCAAGCCACUGACGGACCAAGAAAAGAGGAAGCAAAUUUCCGUGCGAGGUCUCGCCGGGGUUGAAAACGUCGCAGACCUAAAGACCAAUUUUAAUCGCCAUCUGCACUUCACUUUGGUUAAGGACCGUAAUGUUGCAACAAAGCGCGACUACUACUUCGCCCUGGCGCACACCGUCCGCGACCAUUUGGUGGGAAGAUGGAUCCGGACGCAGCAGCAUUACUACGAGAGAGACCCGAAACGUGUGUACUAUCUUUCUUUGGAAUUCUACAUGGGUCGGACCCUUCAAAACACCAUGGUGAACUUGGCUUUGGAGAAUGCUUGUGACGAAGCAAUCUAUCAGUUGGGUCUGGAUAUGGAAGAGCUGCAGGACAUGGAGGAGGAUGCUGGCUUAGGCAACGGAGGCCUUGGUCGAUUGGCAGCUUGCUUCCUGGACUCCAUGGCAACCUUGGGGCUGGCAGCGUAUGGAUAUGGAAUCCGUUAUGAGUUUGGAAUCUUUAAUCAGAAAAUCAUAAAGGGCUGGCAGGUGGAGGAGGCGGAUGAUUGGCUGCGCUAUGGAAACCCUUGGGAAAAAGCCCGGCCUGAAUACAUGCGUCCUGUGCAUUUCUAUGGUCGGGUGGAGCACCACCCUGAUGGAGUGAAAUGGGUGGACACACAGGUGAUCCUUGCCCUCCCCUAUGACACACCUGUCCCAGGAUAUAGAAACAACAUUGUUAACACAAUGAGGCUCUGGUCUGCCAAAGCGCCAUGUGAAUUCCAUCUCAAAGACUUUAAUGUUGGUGGUUACAUCCAGGCCGUUCUGGAUAAGAAUCUAGCUGAAAACAUCUCCCGUGUGCUUUACCCUAAUGACAAUUUCUUUGAGGGGAAAGAGUUGCGUCUGAAGCAGGAGUAUUUUGUAGUGGCUGCGACUCUCCAGGACAUCAUCCGCAGGUUCAAAGCUUCCAAGUUUGGCUCAACUGAGGUAGUGCGCAUGGAUCUGACCACACUGCCAGAUAAGGUUGCUAUACAGCUGAAUGACACUCAUCCUGCAAUGGCCAUCCCUGAACUAAUGAGAAUACUGAUGGAUGAUGAGAAACUGACGUGGGACACGGCGUGGGACAUCACUGUGCAUACUUGCGCAUAUACUAACCACACUGUCUUACCAGAGGCGUUGGAACGCUGGCCUGUCGACCUGUUCCAAAACCUUCUGCCCCGUCACUUAGAGAUCAUCUACGAGAUUAACCGACGUCACCUGGAGCGGAUAUCUGCGCUCUACCCUGGUGAUCAUGACCGUUUGAGACGCAUGUCUCUCGUUGAAGAAGGAAGUCAGAAGAAGAUCAACAUGGCCCAUCUUUGCAUCGUUGGUUCUCACGCAGUUAAUGGCGUGGCACAAAUCCACUCUGACAUUAUUAAAGACACUGUUUUUAAGGACUUCUAUGAUGUGGACCCACAGAAGUUUCAGAACAAGACCAAUGGUAUCACACCUCGUCGCUGGCUUGUCAUGUGUAACCCUGGACUUGCUGAGGUUAUCGCUGAGAGAAUUGGAGAGGACUACAUCCACGACCUGGGCCAGCUGAAGAAACUCUUGAAAUUUGUGGAUGAUGAUGCUUUAAUUCGAGACAUUGCCAAAGUCAAACAGGAGAAUAAAAUGAAAUUCGCAGUGCAUCUAGAGGAACAAUAUAAGGUAAAGAUUAACCCAAACUCCUUGUUUGAUGUCCAAGUGAAGAGGAUCCAUGAAUACAAAAGGCAGCUGUUAAACUGUCUGCACAUCAUCACCCUCUACAACCUCAUCAAGAAGGAGCCUAACAAGGCCUGGACUCCAAGGACAAUUAUGAUUGGAGGAAAGGCUGCCCCCGGGUAUCACACAGCUAAGAUGAUCAUCAAACUGAUCACGGCAAUUGGAGAAGUGGUAAACAAUGAUAGUGUGGUGGGAGAUCGUCUGAAAGUCAUCUUCCUUGAGAACUACAGGGUUACACUGGCUGAGAAAGUCAUCCCUGCGGCUGACCUGUCCGAGCAGAUAUCCACAGCAGGAACAGAAGCUUCUGGAACAGGCAACAUGAAGUUCAUGCUGAAUGGAGCUUUGACCAUCGGCACCAUGGAUGGGGCUAAUGUGGAGAUGGCUGAAGAGGCGGGAGAAGAGAACCUCUUCAUCUUUGGCAUGAGAGUUAAGGAUGUGGAAGCUUUGGAUAAGAAAGGAUACGAUGCCAUGGAGUAUUAUAACCGCAUUCCAGAACUGAAACAAGUCAUGGAUCAGAUUUCUGAAGGAUUCUUUAGUCCUGGAGAGCCUGAUCAGUUUAAAGACAUUGUCAAGAUGCUGAUGCACCAUGACAGGUUCAAGGUGUUUGCUGACUAUGAAGACUACAUUAAAUGUCAGCAGAAAGUUAGCGCCCUGUAUAAGAAUACUAAAGAAUGGACCAAGAUGGUCAUCCACAACAUUGCUGGUUGUGGAAAAUUUUCCAGUGACCGCACCAUCAGCCAGUAUGCCCGUGAGAUCUGGGGCAUGGAGCCUAGUCUGGAGAAGAUAGCAGCCCCAGACGACCCCCGCUAAGUCGUUCCACAAUAUCAAAAUCUUUCAUUGUUGUAGCUGUUCUCACAUUCAAAUUAUUUACCAUUAUGAAGAUGUAUAAAAGUGAUUUUAACAUUGACAUGUCAUAAGAGAUGUUAUUCCAUCUUGCCGUCAGACAGCCAGAAUGCCUCACACACGCUGUUCUCUGCAUCUCUGCUCCAGUGACGAGCUGUCAGCGCAUCUACCUUUGUGGCAUGUUUAUAUACAGUAUAUGUUGGUGUAAGAAUGUUAGUUUUCUUGUGAAGUAUUAUGAAAAGGUCUGAUGUAUUUGUCUCUCCAUGCCAGCGGAAUAGCACAGCCUCAUCCUGAAGAACCAAAUAUACACUGUGAGCUCAAAGUAUAGCAAAAACGUUUCUUUAUUUUGCCAGAUAUCACAGCAUGAUGGUGACUGUUACGUAAACAAUUUGAGAAACCUUUUUUGUUCUUUUUUGUGUGUUGUAGUAAAAGGUUUGAAUUGAGAAUUUUAGACUGAUUAUUUAAAACGCUUUUGCUAUAUUUCAGUUUCUGACAGGCAGUUAUCGCAUGAGCAGUUUGGGCUUUGAUGACUUUGAAUAUGGCACAAUUACAGCCAUAAUAACCUAUGUAAAAUUCCUGCUGGACAUGUCUGUCACAAACUCUGACUGCUUGAAACUACCUGCUUUAACCAUAUGAGUGUUGUUUGUGUAUAUUUAUGUCUAACUGCCUGUCUCUCAUUGGCCUGUUGGUGCUCAUGACUUGUUCUUCCACCCACAGAACUCCUCACUUUAGCACUUUAGAUAUGAUCUGUCACUUUUGUUCUCAAGAAGCGUUGUACUAUAGCUCUCAUCGUAACUCUGUUUUUCACACCACACAAAAUAAGACCUGCACGAAUGAUGCCCUUACGGAACAAAAAUAUAUGGGAAUAUACUGCAAAAUAUAAUGCAAUAUAUGACAUAAUACAUUUCCAUAUAUGGGAAACUAGUGCUCAUAUUUUUUUUAAUAAACUGCAAUAUAUGCAUUGACCAUACAGGUGCUGGUCAUAUAAUUAGAAUAUCAUCAAAAAGUUCAUUUUUUUAUUAUAAAUUAUUUUUAAAAAUGAAACUUUCAUAUAUUCUAGAUUCCCUACAUGUAAAGUAAAACAUUUCAAAAGGUUUUUUUUUAAAUUUUGAUGAUUAGAGCGUACAGCUAAUGAAAGUCCAAAAUCCAGUAUUUCAAAAUAUUAGAAUAUUUCCUAAGAUCAAUCAAAAAAUGGAUUUGCAAAACAGAAAAGUUCAAGUUCUUUAAAGUAUGUUCUUUUGUGCACUCAAUACUUGAUCGGCAGGACACAUUACAGCAAAUGACUUGCUCCUAGCACAAAUUACUGCAUCAGUGAAGUGUGGCAUGGAAGUGAUCAGCCUGUGGCACUGCUGAGGCACUAUUGAGCCUUCAGAUCAUCUGUAUAUUGUUGGAUCGACUGUUUCUCAUCUUUCUCUUGAAAAUAUCCCAUAGAUUCAGGUCAGGCAUAUUGGCUGGCCAAUAAAGCACAGUAAUAUCAUGGUCAGCAAACCACUUGGAAGUGGUUUUUGCACUGUGGGCAGAUGCUAAAGUCCUGCUGGAAAAGGAAAUCAGCAUCUCCAUAAAGCUUGUCAGCAGAUGGAAGCAUAAAGUGCUCCAAAAUCUCCUGGAAGAUGGCUGCAUUGACUUUGCACUUGAUAAAACACAAUGGACCAACACCAGCAGACGUCACGGCCCCCCCAAAUCAUUACUGACUUCAGAAACUUCACACUAGACUUCAAGCAGCUUGGAUUCUGUGCCUCUCCAGUCUUCCUUCAGACUCUGGGACCAUGAUUUCAACAUGAAAUGCAAAAUUUACUUUUAUCUGAAAAGAGGACUUUCGACCACUGUUCACUGUCCAGUUCUUUUUCUCCUUAGCCCAGGUAAGAUGCUUCUGACGUUGUCUCUGGUUCAGAAGUGGCUUGGUAGUCCUUUUCCUGAAGAUGUCUGAGUGUGGUGACUCUUGAUGCGCUGACUCCGGCUUCAUUCUACUCAUUGUGAAGCUCUCCCAAGUGUUUGAAUCGGCUUUACUUGACAGUAUUCUCAAGCUUGCGGUCAUCCCUGUUGCUUGUGCACCUUUGCCUACCCAAUUUCUUCCUUCCAGUAAACUUUGCAUUUAAUAUGCUUUGAUACAUCACUCUGUAAACAGCCACCCCAUUCAGUAAUGACCUUCUGUGACUUACUCUCUUUGUGGAGGGUGUCAAUGAUUGUCUCCUGGACCAUUGCCAAGUCAGCAGUCUUCCCCAUUAGUGUGGUUUCAAAGAACAAAAGAUACCCGGAAUUUAUACUGUAGGGAUGGUCAUUUAAUGAAACUCAAAUGUAAAUAUUCUAAUAUUUUGAGAUACUGGAUUUUGGACUUUCAUUAGCUGUACGCUCUAAUCAACAAAUUUAAAAAAAAAAAAAAAAACUUUUGAAAUGUUUUACUUUACAUGUAGGGAAUCUAGAAUAUAUGAAAGUUUCAUUUUUAAAAAUAAUUUACAAUAAAAAAAUGAACUUUUUCACGAUAUUCUAAUUAUAUGAACAGCACCUGUAUAUGGCUACAUAUUGAAAUAUAAAAUAUUUAGAAAUGAAGACAAAAAUAGCAUUACAUGUAAUAUUCAUAAAUUUUUAUCCUUUAUUUUGUAUAUCUGUUGCACAUAUUUUGGAAUUUAAAAGGUUUUCUGGUAUGAGUUUUUGGGGUUACCAUUGUGCUGAAGAGUAGAGCCUGUGGUUAAUAUGUUUAUAUCGCAUGAGUAAAUAUAUCUGCAAUAUAUUACACAUGCAGUAGCCUACCAUAUCUCAUCACAUAUAAAUCUAUAUAUUAUGAAGUGUAUUACUGAAUAUAAAAUUACGUACAUUGUGAUAUAUAUUAGUAAAUAUAUGAAAAGCGGCAAUUCCUUAUGUACUAUUCAAUAUAUUCUAAUAUAUUUACACAAUAUAUUAUUCUGUAUAUUUUCAAAUAUACUGUUAUAUCAUUUAAUAUAUUGAUUAUUCAUAUAUAGGGAAAUAUAUUUUCUUUCCGUAAGGGUGGGCCCCUGUAGCAAACUUUGCUUUGAGUCCAGUGAGGUAGCAAAACUAAUAUACCACUGAAGUGUGAUUCUCCAUACUUGCCAGGCUGCAUUCAAGACCCUGAAAUGUAUUUACUCGAGACUUGUAUACUUAGAAUAGGAAACGAAUCAUUGCUUCUGAUUUGCUGAAGUGGCUAUUUAGCUGACAAUACUUUAAAUCGGCAAUUAAACUAGAAUUAAACCGAAUUCCUGGUUUAGUGAUAAUGGAAUAGGAUUUUAACUCUGGUUCCUGCUCACCCCUACAUAGACUUACAACCUAACCUGCAACUUUUGUUAACAGCUCCAGCAAUCUGAUGGAAACCCAAAGUUCUUUGUUCUCUCUGAAUGUUUUGCCCGUAUUGUGGGUGACAACGCACACAAAACAGUCCUGCUGAUACCCUUAAAAAGAGACAAAAUAAGAAAUAAAAGAUGAAGAAAUUAA